GUGGGGGUGGGAAUGAGAGAAAUGAGUAGCAUGGAGCUGAAUGUUAACUAUUGAUUCCUAUGUGUUUUCUCUUCAAAUGAAGUUGGGGCGUAUUAUUCACCUCCGAGGAGGUAUACAAAUGCUCUCAGCUCAGCCAGACACCAAGCCGAAGGGUUGUGCUGGCUGCAACCGGAAGAUUAAAGACCGUUACCUCCUGAAGGCGCUGGAUAAGUACUGGCAUGAGGACUGUCUGAAAUGUGCCUGCUGUGACUGCCGCCUGGGAGAGGUGGGCUCAACUCUGUACACCAAGGCGAACCUCAUCCUCUGUCGCAGAGACUACCUGAGACUUGCUGCUUCACUCGAAUCUGGGGGCAGUUCUGGCUUGGCUUCGGAUUCAACUAAAGCAGAUUCUGAAAAAUGUCAAAUGGGUGCAAGGCUUCAAUCAACUGCUGUAGUAAUAACCUCUGAGUCAACUGAGUGACACCAGCAAAUUAUACAAAUAUAUGUGUGUAGUUGUAAGUUCGGACAAACUGCAUUUAGAGUAGUUGAUUUGACAUUGGAACAAUGCCAAUUUGUAUGUGGGCUGAAUUUGUAUACGAAUGAAUAUGGAUUAUAAAAGUGAAGACAGAGUCCCACUUCUUUCUUGAACCUAAGAUUACAUUGUUAAUCAACAAUCUCAGUUAUAAUGAGCUCUUUGCUUGCUGUCCAAGCCCUUUUUAUGCUACCACUGUUGUGCUAUGUAGCACUUCAUGUACAGAGUGGAUAGAGCCCCUUCUAGUCCCACUCACCCCUAACGUUAUUAAAAUCAUAAUUUUAUUGCAGUAUAUGCUUUAAAGUGUGAGAGUCCAGCAUUAAUUUUUGUUUGAUGGUUCCUCAAAAACUGCUCAUUUAUGCUUUACUGUUCAUUUGCCAUGAAUAUUUGAUUCACAUUUUAUUUGUAACUACCUCACUUGUUUAGAAUCAUAGAAUCCCUACAGUGUGGAAACAGGCCAUUCAGCCCAACAAGUCCACACCGACCCUCCAAAAGAGCAGUCCCACCCAAACACAUUUCCCCUACCCCUGCAUUUUCCCCAUGUCUAACCUGCCGAACCUACACUUUCCUGGGCACUGUGGGUAAUUUAGCAUGGCCAGUCCACCUAACCUGUAUAUCUUUGGAGGAAACCAGAGCACCCAGAGAAAACGCACACAGACAUGGGGAGAAUGUGCAAACUCAACACAGACAGCUGCCCGAGGGUGGAAGUGAAUCCAAGUCCCUGGUGCCAUGAAGUAGCAGUGCUGACCACUGAGCCACUGCUGCACAAUUUUAAUAUUAGCAUAGCCUCUGUUUUAACGUGAUCAUACCAGUGCAUUUUCUGUGCAGCCCCUAAACUAAAAGUGCAUCCAAAGCAUUAAGCUUUUUCUAUGUGUGACAGAAGACUGCAACUUCCUUGGUAAGAGACUAUAAACAGAGUACACAAUACAAUUGCUUUCCCUGUGUAAAAUUUUAAUAAAAGAUUUAGCCUGUCAGAUAUGUAAAAAGUCACAGGGCAAGAGAUGUUAAAAAUAUACCAUUUAACAAAACUGCAAGAUCACUGACAAGUGGAAGUCCUCCAGUGAGCAUCUCUAGUAUCAUUGGUUCAAUUUAGAGUAUUACAAUAGAACAGAUAUCUUUUCGGCUCAACGAUUAAACACUUUGAGUUAGAAGGUUAUGGUUAUAAAGUGUCACUACGGAGACUGGAGAGUAGAGGGAAUUACACCUUUUCAAGUUUAAAGACCACAACACUAAGCAUAUGUAAACAGGGCUAUGUUACGGUGAAGUCAGACCAAAUGGCACUGGAGCCUGGUUCUGUCGGACGCAAAGUCAGAUACCCUUUCUUGCCUCUAUAAAUAAAUAAAUCCUGUUAAUGAUCACCUAAUGUGGUCCUCCUCUUAGUACAGAGACUAAAUACACAACCCAUGGUGACACUCCAGUAACUGUCCUGAGAGGUACUCCUCAGCCAGCAGUUUCAACUUACUGUGCCCACUUGAAUAAUGAAAAUGAUCCUAUGUACUAUUUUGAAGAGUUCAGCCAAGUAUACUGACCAAUUUUUAUCAAAUCACUGUUGAAAUUGAGACAGACUAUCUAACCAUCACUCAUCACAGUUUCUGGGACAUUAUGUGUACAUUAGGCUCCAUGUUUACUGCAAUAAGGACGACAUUUCAAAAAUGUAAUAUUAGUUAUAAAGUGGCUUGUGAUGUCCUGAGCUAAUUAAAAGGUCACUUACAAUUCAAGUCAACUAAGUAGUUGUGUGGAUUCAAAAGUGGGCAAAGAAACGAUUGAAAAAUUGAAUAUUUUCUUCCUGUAUUUGGGUUCAUAGUCAACAAUU